UUCAGAUCAGUGUAUUUCUCAUCUUGUAGAUUUUGAAAGGCUGUACCUUUAAGGGUGUAUCAGUAGUUGAGGAGGAAAUAGGAAGUCAGGCCAUUAACAUUUAGCACAAAGAUAAAAACAAAAGGCGUUUGUGAGUGAUGGCAGGAAUAAAAGCUCUUGUUGCGUUGUCCUUCAGUGGUGCACUUGGACUGACCUUUCUCCUUUUGGGAUGCGCACUGGAACAGUUUGGACAGUACUGGCCCAUGUUUGUCCUGCUCUUCUACAUCCUGUCACCUAUACCAAAUUUAAUAGCCAAGAGGCAUGCAGAUGACACUGAGUCAAGCAACGCAUGCAGGGAGCUUGCAUACUUCUUAACCACCGGUAUUGUGGUGUCAGCCUACGGGCUCCCCAUCGUGCUUGCACGAAAAUCUGUGAUCCAGUGGGGUGCCUGUGGCCUGGUAAUGGCAGGCAAUUGUGUAAUUUUUCUGACCAUUCUGGGUUUCUUCCUGAUAUUCGGAGGUGGAGAUGACUUCAGCUGGGAACAGUGGUAAAACCCAUCAGGAGGAAGUACAUCACUACACUAUAAACUGAAAUCUUAAAUAGUUUCUCAUAGUAAUUCUGAUGAACCCAGGCCUUGACAGAGACUGUGUCCAUUGCUUUGUUUUACUCUCUGUUACUCUGCUUCUGCCUUUUCAUUUGCAUUACAUGUCAGCCUAUGCAUGGCUCUGUAUGAUUUGCUUAAAAAACGUAAUUCUGAAGUUGCAUUUAUUGAAAGUAGAGUAAACGGCAAAAUGUAAAAGGUGAAUCUCUCAAUCUAUAAUGUGCAGCUUGAGUCAUAUAAAUCAAAAGCAAUAAAAAAGUCAUUUAUAUUUGCUUAAAUAAAAAGAAUCCUAUUUUAGGACCAUUUAAGAUUGUUUUGCAUUAAGUUUAAAAUUAAGUUUUUUUCCCAUUAACAUGCUUGUUUUAUACACACACAUCUCUUGGUUUAGGGGUGAAUUAUGAACAUGUGAACAUUUUUUCUUGCCCUUUUUUAGCAUCUUGAAUUGUUAGUUACCUUGAUUAAAUUAUUAAUGAUGAUCCUUUGCACUUGAUAUAUACAUCUACCAGUUAUGAAGCAUAAUUAAUUCACUAACAAUGCCACUGUCACCUUAGCUUUAAAGCAACCCUUUGUUUUUGAAAACUGAAGCACUGUAACCAUGGCAGUCAAUUAAUUGUUUUUUUCUGUUGCCUUUGUUUUUGCACUAAUGUCAAUUAUGGAUUGGACCCAUUAAGCUUUAACCUUCUUGAACUUGUAAAUGUUUACAUCAGAUUACCAAAGCAGACAUUUUCCUGCAGUUCUGUUCCUUCAUUUCUUGUUUACAUCCGGAAGUUUGUAUAUGGGUCUGUAGAAAAAGAAAAAAAGUGUGCAGAAUUCAAUCAAAAACAGCCUAUGAUUCAUGCAAUCCCAGAAAUAUUUUCUUAUAACUGACAUAAUUCCACAUCAAAGCUUAUGAAACACUAUGACAUGAUUGUUAUGUAAUUCAAUAUAGGCUAUGUAGUAACUGCAAUGUUUUGAUCCAAUUUCACCUGAAAGGCAUAGUGUUCAGGUUCACACUACUGGUGUUGUCAUUGAUAUUUUAUAAAGGUAAGAUUAUCGUUAGGGUAUCAUUUUAUCCACUGUUUCAAAUCUUUCUGUUUUGUUUCUUCAGAGAAUCACUUGUAUAAGGGAUGUUUUUGAUAUACCUUUGAUUCUUUUUAGCACUUUCGAACAAUAUACAUUUGAUUAUAUGAAUAAAUUCAUUCGAAUUUUUA